GUUUGACGAAGGUUGUUCAAUUUAGACGUGUAAUAAUGAAGGUGUGUGUUUUUAGUUAGUUGUUUCUUUAGUUAAUCAUUAAUUUGUCUUAAAUACUCGUGUUAAAGAAAAGAAACAGUUCUUAAAAUUGUAAACGUAAGUGGUGAAUCAAUAAAAGAUUUUAUAAUUCUUGUGUUAUAAAAUUGUUUUUAUUUCAUUUAAAAACAUACCUACAAAUUAAAUCAAAAUAAAUACGCCAACAUGUCACUAGCCACCAAACCGUUUGUGUUAGUCGUGGACGUUAUGAAAUCAAUAAUAAAUUAUGGUAAAAGUCAGCUGCAUAAUCUAUUUCUCGAAAUUAUGGGGUACAUAAUGCGGCGCUUUCUGCGUACGGCCAUGAUCGUGUUCAGUUGGUUCGUUGUACCCUAUAGUCGUUUCACCAACAUCAAAGUGAACCGUCAAAAGCUGCCGCCCAUUAAAUCGCAUCUAUUGGAAAUACCCGCCGUUGAUCUUGCCAAAAUGAUAAGAACUAAAAAGAUCAAAAGUGAAGAAGUGGUGGAAGCCUAUAUAGAGCGAUGUAAUCAAGUAAAUCCUCUGAUAAAUGCCAUCGUACAAGAUCGCUUUGAAGAGGCUCUGCAGGAAGCCCGCGAAGUAGAUCGUAUCAUCGAAAUGGGUCUGAGCACGCAAGAGGAAAUGGAGGAAUACACACCUCUUCUAGGCAUACCGGUGACCGUUAAAGAAUCCAUAGCAGUUAAAGGAAUGACAAAUCAAGCGGGUCGUGUUUUUAAAACACCACAAAUUGCCAAAUCUGAUGCACCCGUUGUAGAACAAAUAAAACGUUAUGGUGGCAUUAUACUGCUAGUAUCCAACACUCCCGAAUUGUGUCUGCUAUGGGAAACUUAUAAUAAUGUAACGGGUCAGACGAGGAAUCCUUACGAUUUGAAAAGAACGCCGGGUGGUUCGUCGGGUGGAGAAGCUGCUCUAUUGGCUAGUGGAGCAUCUUUGCUGGGUUUAACAUCGGAUAUAGGUGGCUCGUCAAGAUUACCGGCCAUGUUUAGUGGUAUAUGGGGUCAUAAACCAACACCUUAUGCCGUUUCCUUUAAGGGACAUCAUCCUACUUCGGAUUUUCCUAAAUGGGGUGAUUUUUUUACUAUUGCUCCUAUGACCAGAUAUGCCAAGGAUUUGCCGCUGCUGCUGAGAUGUAUGACUGAUCCAACCGGUCCCAAACUAACACUAGAAAAGGAAAUAAGUGUUACCGGUAUACGUUUCUUUUUCAUGGAUAACGAUGGUCCUUCGGGUAUGAUGAGACCCCUGAGUCGUGAUUUGCAUGCCGCUAUAAAUCGCGUGGCCAAUGAUUUCAAUGCCAAGCGUGUGAAUAUACGUAAAAUGAAAUGGUCCCUGGACAUAUCACUGUCCGCCAUGUUAACCAUGAAGAAUAUUGAAACUAUUUAUCACAAAACCGAAGAGGGCCAAAGACCCAAAACUGUUUGCACCGAGACGGUGAAAUAUUUCUUUGGCUGUUCCGACAGCAUUUUGCCCUCAGUUAUAUUUGGUCAUUUGCAAAAUUUCAUGAAAAUCAUACCAAAUUCACGACACAAACACUUGGCCACUAUUAUUGAGGCUUUAAAGACUGAAUUCAAAGAAUUGCUGGGCAAUGAUGGGGUCUUCAUUUACCCCACAUUCCCGAAUACAGCCCAUCAGCAUUAUCAAAUCUAUCAUAAGCUAUUGGAGCCCAUGUAUAUGGCUAUUUUCAAUACCUUGGGUUUGCCCGUAACCAAUUGUAUGAUUGGUUUAGAUCGACGUCGUCUGCCGAUGGGUAUUCAAGUAGUGGCGAAUCCGGGCCAGGAUCAUCUGUGUCUAGCUGUGGCACGGGAAAUGGAAAGACGUUAUGGUGGCUGGGUGAGACCACCAUCUGAGGAUUCUAGUAAACGUAUUGACUAAAGCCUAACAAACAAAUUUUAGAACAUUUAUAUAUACAUAUAUUUUUUUAUUUAGAUUUUUAUUCAAUUUUUAUUUCGUUUUUUCAUCUUAACAUCACAUUUAAUUAAAUUCGAUUCUAUUUGAUUGUAAAACAUGUUUAUUACAAUAUAUAAUUAGGCAUUAUUGAUUGUUAUGUUCAAUUGGUAACACUGAGAAAUUUCACAGUUACAUUUUUUUAAAAAUAUACAUUAUUUUAUAAAUCUAAACACAAUUACGCAAGUUACGUAAAAAUCUUAUUGACCCAUUUAUUUAUAUAUUUUACGUAUUGACUAAUUAAAGCUCAAAUAAUUUCAAAUCAUUGCCAGUGUUGCCAAAAUGUUUACUAUUUUAAAUAUAAAUACAUAUUCCUAUAUAUAUUUUCAAAUAUUAUUUUUAUUUUUUUUCCAAAAUAUUCUGCAUUUCUUUAAAUUAUUUCUUCAUUUUAUUACAUAAACAUCUCAUUUUUUAUUAGUUAAUAUUUUUAAGCAUAAUAAUACAAUACAAAAUUAUGUAAAUAAUUUUUGAACAAAAUACCGUAAUUAAACAUAUCAAAGAUUUCGUUUCAUCAUUAUUUUUCAAUAUUACAUCACUAUUUUUUUUUAAUUUUUAAUUUUAUAUACAUACAUACAUAUUUACCUACAAUAAUUAUACAAUAUAUUUUAAUAAAUCUUUUAAAUUUUGUAAAUAAUAAUAAUAUUAAUAAAGUUUAAAAAAAUAAAU